UAGCCUCUCUAGAUCUCAUUCUCCCAAAGGUUAGUUAGGGUUGUUCUCAUUCGUCUUGUCUCGAUGGAGAACAAAUUAGUGGCUGCAACAAAUUCAAAGGUGAGCAACUAUAUACCUGAAGAUAUUUCCAUCUUAAUUCUAUCAAAAUUACCUGUUAAAUCUUUGAAGCGAUUUGAAUGUGUUCGAAAAUCAUGGAGUCUCUUAUUUAGAACAUAUCAAUUCAUGACCAUGUUCUACCUCAAUUUAUUUUCUAACUCUCGUCAUGGUUCUUAUUACGAUGGAGCAUCUAUCUUCCUAAGGGUUUUUGAACACAAUAAAUACGAUAUAUAUUCUCUGUCUGGUAAGAGAUUUGAAAAUAAGGUCAAAUUAGAUUGCUUAAAUCGAUUUGCAAAUGAUAUCAAAUUUCGAAUUUAUGGUUUUGGUAGUAUUAAUGGCAUACUUUGUCUCUAUGAAAGUCUUUAUUGUGGCAAAAUUGUAUUAUGGAACCCAAAUACCCAUGAAAUCAAGUCCAUUCCGCCUAGUCCAAUUGAUUUAGUUGAGUCGUUUAUCGCAGAUGCUGCUAUGGAUAUUGUUAGUUUUGAUGUAAUGUAUUUUCUUCAUGGAUUUGGAUAUGAUGACCGUAUAGAUGACUAUAAGGUUAUUAGUUAUGUAUACUUAUUGGAAGACUAUCCUUUACACCCCUUAUGGGUAAUAUAUAGCAUAAGAAAUAACUCGUGGAGGAAACUUGAUGUUGACAUGCCUUAUUCUUUGGAUUGUUUUGAGGGAACCCAAGUCUACUUGGAUGGAGUGUGUCACUGGUUUUGCGAUGAAGAGACCUCCGCUGGAAGUUUGGUAUCAUUUUACUUGAGCAAUGAAGUGUUUGUCAUAACACCAAUACCCUGCUAUCGUGAUUAUCUUGUAUUUGAUGAACGGCGCGCACAUUUGGUGGUGUUAAAUGAGUACAUUGCAUUGAUCUCAUAUCAUCAAGAUAUGAAUUUUCACAUAUCAAUUUUGGGUGAAAUCGGUAUUGAGAAAUCCUGGACUAAACUUUUAAUUAUCAGACCAUUGUUUCCCGUUGAGCGUCCUAUCGGUAUUGGGACAAAGGGAGAAAUAUUCUACAUAAGAAAGGAUGAAGAACUAGUUUGGCUUGAUCUAAGCAUCCCAAUGAUUGAGGAGGUUGGUUAUAAAGAAAAGGAUUGUCGGAUAAUAAUAUACAAGGAAAGCAAACUUCCAAUUGGAGGGAUAAGUAAUUAG